AUGGGAGUGGCCCGAGCCGUCUCGGCCGCCGUCCUCCCGCGAGGCUUCCAGGGCGUGCUCAUCGUCACCAUUCCCAAGGCCAAGGCGGUACCUGCGACGGGCUUUAUGGCGCGGCUGACGAAUGCCGCCAAACGAAGCGUGGGCUCGGCUGUCAUCGACAAGAUCCAGACCAAGCUCUGCGAGCGGCUGGACGCCGAAGGCGUUGUUUACGACGUCCUCCGUGCCGGCGACAACUCGAGCCUCACCUUUCACAUCAACAAUGCCUUUGACCUCCUCGACGCGGCGCGGGUCGUGGCACAGGUCCGGGCACGGUGA